AUGCCUGGCACGUCCUUCAAAGUCAAAGCUCUUUACGAGUAUAAGUCGGAGGAGCCAGAUGACCUGAGUUUUCGCGAUGGUCAAAUAAUCACCGUUACUGAUGAAGAGGAUGCCGAUUGGUAUACUGGCGAGUACGUCGAUGAGUCGGGAGAGAAGCGGGAAGGCAUUUUCCCAAGAAACUUUGUCGAGAAAUUCGAACCGGCGAUUCCUACACGGCCCGUGAGGGCUCCUAAACGACCACCUGUCCAGGAGGCUCCUGUUGAACAUGCGCCGGUGCCUCCUUCAGCGCAGGCACUUCCUCCUGCCGAACCUCUCCAGUCACCUUCUCUAGAAGAGAUGCCUCCCUCUAAAGGAGCUCCGGGUUUUGGGUCACCUCCCAGGGAAGAAUCCCUUGAGACUGCGCCUGCGCCUGCGCCGAAACCCGCAGCUCCUAGUCCGACAGUCACCGCGAAAUCUCCAGCGCCCCCGUCGACCUCGAAGCCACCUCCCCCCGUGGCUGAUAAACCAUCCUCAAGCUCCUUCAAAGAUAGGAUCGCAGCUUUUAAUAAGCCUGCUGCAGCUCCUAUUACGCCUUUUAAACCCGGUGGCAGCACAAGCACCGGCUUCAUCAAAAAGCCCUUCGUUGCACCUCCCCCCAGCAGAAAUGCUUACGUUCCACCUCCUCGCGAGCAACCAGUGCAAAGAUCAUAUCGGCGAGAAGAAGAUACAAACUCACUGGAAGCUGAAGCAAAGGAAGUGGCAGAUCCCAACCCUAUCUCACAGCCAGAGCCCUCGGCGGAGGAUCAGCCGAAACCACAGAGUUUAAAAGAUAGAAUAGCCCUGCUCCAGAAGCAGCAGAUGGAGCAAGCUGCGCGAAAUGCUGAAAAGAAGGAUAAACCGAAGAAACCACCUAAGAAACGAGUUGAGCCUUUGGAAGCUGUGGAUGAUUCUGCGCCUUCAGAGCCUCCAACGCAGCAGCCCAGCGCUGAAGAUACCUUUCGUCGUCCAUCUGUUGAAUUUCUCGAGGAUGAGAGUGACGUGGCACCUCUGUCGCGGCGUGCAACUGGUGUAGCAGGCGUCACGCCGCAACCUCAGCCGGUACGCGAACUUGUUAGCGACACAAAUGAUGCCGAUGAUUCAGGUGCCGGCGACGACGAAGACGUCCAGGAGACAUCUACAGAGGAAGAGCGGCCGAAAUCGAAGGGUGUCGACACGCGAGCACCGGAAGCGAAUAAACAAAAACCAGACCCGGCCGACCAGGACAAGGAAGGUGAUGAGGAAGAUGAAGAGGAAGAUGAGGAAGAAGAAGAAGAAGAUCCCGAGGUGCGCCGAAGAAGAGAGCUUCGAGAACGUAUGGCAAAGAUGAGUGGUGGAAUGGGCAUGAUGGGCAUGUUUGGUCCGCCAGGAGGCAUGGGUGCUCCUGGAGCGAGGAAGUCCAAGUCAACUGAAACAAGACAGACUUCGGAUCCUCAGCCUCAAGACAUGCCUGAAGAAAGACCAGCACCUGUUCGAAUAAUGGCGCUCCCUGGAAUGUCUAACGUGGCGUCAAAACAACAAGAAGAGCCAGCUGAGGACAGUGACGAUGAGACAGCUCAAGCUACCCCCCAGGAACCACACAUUCAUGAGGAACCUGACGACUACAUUUCACGUCCAAUUGAGAGGCGUUCGACUGAUCGACCUGCUCCGCCGACACCUCAAGCUCCUUCUGCUGCACCUCCAAGGGAGACCAGAGCAGUCCCGCCACCUCCCCCCGCUUCGUCGAGGCCAACCCCACCCAGUGUCCAAUCGCCAACAUGUGAGUCUGUACUUUUCUCUAUCGAUACAACUCUAAUUCCUGCAGCGCGGCCGCCGCCCCCUCUGCCCCCAACAGCACCCUCAGCGGCUGAGGCCCCAGUCAACGACGAAGAAGACGAGGCUGAGCUCUCUGGUGAAGAAGAUAUCCCAGGUCAGCUUUCGACUGCCGAUGGUUCCGCUGGUCCUUCUAGUGUACCACCACCUCCUCCUAUACGAGUUCCCGAGCCAUCAAGGGUAAACACGAAUGAGUUCACUACCUCACCAGCGGCAGACAAACGCUCGAGCCGACCUCCCCCACCUGUUCCUGUCAGUCCAACAGUUACGUCUCCUCAAACGAGAGCUCCGCCACCACCUCCUCCGGGCCUUCCACCCAGUCGCCGGUCUACGAGCGACUCUCGCGGUGUCGGCGUAUCACAAGGUCCUGGGGCUGAUGCUAGCGACGAAGAUGAGGUUACUGAAUAUGACGGCGACUAUGAUACAGAUAUUGCCUCUGGCGCCAAGCACAAGGAUGCCCUGAAGUCGCACAAUCGAGACUCUAGUCUAGACGACGACAUGCUCACUGACGACGCAACAAAGUCACUUAAGAGUCCUACAACGCGGGUUGUGCCUCCAAUGCCCCCAGUACCAGCACCGGCGCCCCGGGAUGUUCCACCACCGCCUCCUUCACAUCCAGCACCCAAGUCGAGGGGUUCCAUGGACGCACCUCGGGCAGCACCCCCGCCAGUGCCACCUCCAAAAGUAGCCGAUGACGAGGAGUAUGACCCUUAUCGAUAUUCCGGGUCACAACAUGGGAUGCCUUUGCAUCCGACCAAGACCCAAUACUCAGCCAAACUUCAAUCCCCGAAGGAAGAACUGGAGGAGGAUGAUCUCUAUGGCGCAGGUUCCCCAACUGGACACAUUCCUCCUCCCCCAGCUGAAAGAAGUGCUCCACCCCCGCCACCACCUGAAAGGCCGGAGUAUGCACAGGCACCUACCGGAUUUGCUCCGCCCCAACCAACGGCAUCGCCGCGGCCUUCUCUGGAUGUCAAACGCUCUGGCACAGUAUCCCGUCGAUCAAUGGAACAGUCGAGGACAAGUGGGGAACAAAGUUAUAUCGCUCAUGAUAUCGAUCUUGGCCGAGGAUCGAUGUGGUGGACCCAGGAAAACGUGCCUCCACCCUCACUGCAAGGCCGACAAGACAUCUUGUUGGAAAUGGAAACAUCGUCAUCUACUAAGCGGGGUGGCCGAACCACUGUCACGAGGGACAUCUACGUCCUGUACAUGGACUAUUCGCAGACAACCAUCAACGCCAGCUUCGACUCAGGGGAUCCAUCUCACGUCACGCUAGAGCAGACUCAUCAACGGCCACCGCCGGCACCUCGGCGAGACCAACUUGAAAAUGCAUCAGCACAGUAUGGUAGUCAGAUCGCGAAAGCCGCUUCUAGCGUACUUGGUUUAUCCCUUGCCGACGGUUCUGCUCAGGGGCUCAUCCUUGAGCUGCUCAAACCACACACGACAGCACUGCGGCCUGUGGGGACGAGGGCAUAUGGCGCUCUCGUCUAUGCAAACCUCGGCAACGCCUCGACACAACAAUAUGACGAAAUACGACCCGGCGACAUUGUCACCUUCCGCAACGCCAAAUUUGCAGGGCACACCGGUACCAUGCACACCAAGUAUAGUAUCGAUGUAGGGAAGCCGGAACAUGUGGCGAUAGUCGCUGAAUGGGACGGUACGAAGAAGAAGAUUCGGGCAUUGGAACAAGGACGAGAUCUGGAAAAGGGCAAGAAACCGAAGUUGAGAGAGCACAGUUUCAAGGUUGGCGACUUGAAGAGCGGAGAAGUGAUGGUCUGGAGAGUGAUGCCUCGCACAUGGGUGGGCUGGGACUCUGGGAAAUGA